UUUAUGCAGUAACAAUGCCUUUACUUAGUUUAAAAUCGACCACAAUUCAUUCUGGAACAUACAAAUUGUUUUCUUAAAAGUGAAACAGAAUAAUGUCUACAAAACUGGUCGAAGCAGAAACUCCUAUAAUACCACUACAUGAAUGCCGACGCUUCAUAGUAGAUUGUAUGUUGGCUGUUGGUACGCCAAAAUCUAACGCCGAAGCCUUAGCAAAUAUUUUAGUCGAAGCAGAUUACAGAGGACAUUAUAGUCAUGGCAUGAAUAGAAUCGAAAUGUAUCUGUCAGAAAUUCAAAACGGGAUAUGUAAAGUAAAUGCAGCUCCCGAAAUCUUAAAAGAAACCCCAGCAACUGCUUGGGUUGAAGGCCACAAUGGUCUAGGAGUUGUAGUCGGCACUUUCGGUAUGGAAAUAGCAAUUCAGAAAGCUAAAAAAGUAGGAAUAGGACUGGUCGUCUGCAAGGGAUCGAAUCAUUAUGGAAUUGCAGGAAUGUAUGCAUUACAAGCAAUGAAGGAAGGUCUUUUGGGAUUAAGUUUUACCAAUACGUCACCUGUCGUAGCCCCUACUAGAACCAAGCAUGCAGCCCUUGGAACAAAUCCACUAUCAUUAGCUGCCCCUGGUCUCAAUGCAGAUAGCUUUGUUUUGGACAUGGCUACCUCCGCCGUUGCCGUCGGGAAAAUUGAAAUGAAAAACAGAACCAAAUCUGCAAUACCACCUCAAUGGGCAGAUUUAGACACUGGUGCACUUCAUCCUCUGGGCGGUGACGAAAAUAAUUCCUCCUACAAAGGAUAUGGUCUCGCUUUACUUGUUGAAGUUCUUUGUGGCAUUCUAGGCGGUGGAGCGUACGGUCCCAAUAUUCGUAUGCUUGGAAAUUUCGAUAUGUUUGCAGAUUUAGGUCACUGUUUCAUCGCUAUAGAUCCAUCAUGUUUUGCUCCUGGAUUUGAAGAACGCUUGAGUGAUCUUAUGCAGUCUUUAAGACAAAUGGAACCUAUUAGUACCGACAAACCAGUAUUAGUACCUGGUGACCCAGAACAACUUCAUAUGGAUGCUGUAAAUAAAGCUGGAGGUGUACGUUAUGUACAGGAUCAAUUAGACACUUGUAGAAAAGUCGCUGAAACAUUGAAAGUUAAACCUUUGCAAUAUGAUUUGCAUUUUUCCUUUUUACAAAGUUUUUGUGAAGACUCUUCAGUAGAACGCAUUCCAAUUUUUGCAUUAAGCGAGGUACAACGUUUCAUCCGAGAUUGCAUGAAAGCUGUUGGUACUUCAGAGAGCCACGCUGACGCUGUAGCAAUUUGUUUAACUCAAGCUGAUUAUAAGGGACACCUCUGUGAAGGGCUUUAUCAAUUAAAAACCUACGUUGAUGAGGUUGAAUACGGAGGUUGUGAUAAGGACGCCGUACCAACAAUAUUAAAAGAAAGUCCUGUCUGUGCUUGGGUUGAUGGUAACAAUGGAUUAGGUGUAAUUGUAGCUAAUUUUUCUAUGAAUCUCGCCAUCCAGAAAGCAAAGAAGUGUGGAAUAGGCUGGGUGGUAGCAAAACGAUCCAACAAUUAUGGUAUUGCAGGAAUGUAUUCUUUGAAAGCACUUGACGCUGGCUUUUUAGGCUUGUCUUUCAGCAAUGCUACCCCGCUAGUAGCCCCAAGUCGUGCUCUAGAGGGUGCUCUGGGUGCUAACCCAAUUUCUGUAGCAGCUCCAGCAACAAAUGAAGAUUAUUUCUUAUUAGAUAUGUCGACAGCAACAGUUGCCCAUGGGAAGGUUGAAAUAUUAGGCAGAAAGAAACUUCCAGUACCCACGGAAUGGGCUAAUCCCGUAACAGGGGCUUUAACUCCUCUGGGAGGCAGUGACCCUAGUUCAAAUUAUAAAGGUUUCGGAUUAGCGAUGUUUGUAGAAAUACUUUGUGGAAUAUUAGGAGACUCCGGCUACGGACCAUAUGUACGAAGAUAUGGAGAUGUUCAUCAAGCAGCAAAUAUUGGACACUGCUUUAUAGCAGUAAAUCCCAACUAUUUUGCUCCUGGAUUCGAAGAGCGACUAAGUGAUUUAAUGAACUACAUCAGAAACAUGCAACCUGCUGAUCCCGAAAGACCUGUUAUUGUACCUGGAGAUUUUGAAAGACAACAUAUGUCAACAGUAGACCAUCAAGGUGGGAUUUGUUAUGCUAAAGAUUUGGUAAAAAUCUGUCAAAUGUUAGCAGAUAGAUUGAAUGUAACACAUUUAAGUCCAUUAAUAUAAGUUAUUUUAUUUUUUGUAUUAUAGUAUCAG